AUGGAAGUGGAGAAAGUUAUGGCAAAGGAUGUUCUUGUUAAGAUAAUACCAGGUGAUACACAACCCGUGGAUGUGAUCAUCGGACGGACAUUCACUGAACUGCCACACUUAUACUAUAUUAACAGAGACAACAAACUGACAAUCAUUUACAAUGAGGAACAUCCGUUUGCAAAUAUGAAAGCGAUUGGAACAGAGACAUUACUACCUCUGCACAUACUAAAGUUGGAUGACCAAUCUGUUCAUUUACCAAAGGAGUUGGCGGUAUACACAGCGCAAGUUUACACAGUACAGCGACGAACACAAACAGAGGCUAGAACUGAACCUAUAGUUGUGACUGACUUGGCCAUGAGAAACCAACCCAGCGAAGUUGUAAAUGAACUAAUAAGUGUUCUAAAUGAUUACAGGUCAUGCAUCUCUAAAAGCAUCAGAGAGUUAGUUCUAACCAGCAGCAUGGAAUUGAACCUCAUGGAAAUACCAGGCAGACCAAUCAGAUCAAAGCCCUUUCGAACCAGCAACUUAGAGAUAUUUAGGCCAUGGAUACUUUCAGGUUUCCUUAACGUAAGAGGCAAUGAAGAAGACUGUUUUCAUCACCCCAGACGAGACAGGUCAGUUUACGAGGAUGGAAGGAACUGGAAUGAUUCGCGGAAAAAGUUGAUAGCUGUACGAGAGGCAUUAAAGAAAGCAGGCCGCACUAUCAUGCUUUCAAAGUGCGAAUUUCUGAAGAAGAAGUCGCAGAUCUGGCGAGCCAGAGGCUUUGUGGGUACUCCGUAUUUGAUGAAAAACUGUCUCAUGGAUGAAGCUAGAUUCCAGACUGUUUUUGUGGGUCCUGAAAUAGAAACAAGACCUGUCCAGAUAUAUGAUGAAAGAAGUAUUACUCCCAUGGAAUCGGAUGACAGGUUUCCCGUGGAAUCAGGUGUGGACGCACCUUUACUUGAAAGCGCGCGUUCGAAGUGCACGGUCGAUGGUGUUUGGCGAUUACAUGUAUCAGAGAUAGAACGUAAAACUUCACUCCAAUAUUUACUAGCAAAAAUGGUAUCGUCGCACGUUUACGCAAUCACAUUUUUCACAUUUUUGGUAUGUGGAGCUGGAGGCACCCUGAUUUAUAAGCUACACCAAAGACGAACAAAAAAAAGCAGGGAUAAAAUUUUAACUAUUCGGGUGAACAGAAAAUUAGGAACCCGCUUGUUUGGAGAGGAUGGAAAAACCAAAAAGGAAAUUGAAAAGGCGAGAAAUGUUGAUAUAACAUUGGAAGAUGAUGGGUGUCGUGAUAUGCUUAUCAUAAUAUCUGCAACAUCACAAAAUGAUUUAGAUAUUUGUCAACGAAUUAUUGCAAAGAAGUUAAAAGAUGAUGAUGCAAGACCGAGUUCAUUACGACCUUUUAAGGAAAAGAUUUGGAUAAGUUUACAUGCCUACAGAAAGCUUACAAUGAAUCCACGUUUGGAAAUUACUUCUUUUGAGUAUGAAGAUAACGUAAAAAUAGAUGUGGAAUUUCCACGUGAUGGUAGAAAUAUGGCUGGAAUACAAAUUUCAGGAGACAAUGAACAAGAUGUAAUGAAUGCUAAAGACAAAAUUCAAACUAAGGUUAAGGAGAUUGAUGAAUUAGAGCGUUCUUUAGAUGAAACAUCUGCUAAGCGUACCCCCAGGUUACCUACAACGGUUAAUAGCGGAUCGAGUGAAGUUGCAGUACCUGAACGAGAAAAACUUGAACCAGCUGGAGCCGAUGGGACAAUGGAAGUUUAUGUAUCAGCUUUGACUUCGCCACAUAGGUUUUGGAUGCAAAUUUUGGGUCCUCAAGCUGCUGCACUCGAUAACUUAGUGGAAACAAUGACUGAAUAUUAUAAUAAAGAAGAAAACAGAGAGUUGCACACAAUCAUAAGUCCUCAAGUUGGUCAAAUUGUUGCAGCCAUGUUUAACGUUGAUGGCAAAUGGUACAGAGCUCAGGUACAAGAAAUAAAACCCAAUGAUUAUGUUCCAUGUCAACCAGUGUUGGAUUUGUAUUUUGUAGACUAUGGUGAUAAUUGUUAUGCUGCGCCUAAUGAAGUUUUUGAACUACGGCCAGAUUUUUUGACUCUUAGAUUUCAAGCUAUAGAGUGCUUUUUGGCGAAUGUUAGUCCUCCCAAUGCAGUUGAUAGUAAUGAUAACAAUUAUCCAGAUGAAUCCAUUGAGAAGUUUGAGCAACUAGCACAUGUUGCGCGUUGGAAAAAAUUAUGGUCGCGUGUUGUUAGCUACAGAGAACGUGAUGGGGCAGUUCGAGCACCAUCUCCAAGUGAAAGCCUGGUUAUGAAGGGAUCUAACAUUGAUAGAUCAGUUCGUGAAGGCUCUCCUGUACCUGGUGUAGAAUUAUAUGAUAAUGAGGAUGGUCGCGAUAUAAAUAUUGCUGAAGAAUUAAUUCGCGGAGGAUAUGCAAGAGCAAUUCUUCCAUUUAAUGGAAGUUCAUUCAAUAAAUUGAAAACUAAUCAAGCAGGAGGCGAUGAUUUUUCGAAGCCAUCAGCCAAAACGACUAGAUUUGAAGAUAGUUCUAAAACUGAUAAAAAUAGUGUAUCUUCUGAUUUUGUAAAUCAGGAAAAAUCAGCAACGAAGAAACAACCGGCAACGACACCAAAUGUUGGCCGUAAAGACAUCGUGGAAGAAACUAAAUCCUUUAUUAGCGGAAUCUCUGAUGAGGCAGUUAAGGUAGUAGAACGCGUCAAACAGUCUACCGACAAAGGCGCUGAUGACUCUGUUCAAUCUGUCAAGGAUCGCGUUGCUAAAGUUCAAAGCAAGCUGGAGGAAACGAAAUCUUUCAUUGAUGGCAUUUCCAAAGACGCUGAAAAAAUAGCAGUAGACAGUAAAAACGCCGCUAAAUCAACUUCAGAUGAUAUUAAGCCAAAAGUAAAAAGCGCCAAGGAACGCGUAGCUAAUAAAGUUAACAAUGGCAAAAUUUCAGAAAAAAGUCCUCCAAAAACGAGUAAAAAUGAUGAAAAGUCAAGUAGUCCUAAGUCACCUUUAAAAUCAGAAGUUGAUUUUAUGCCCACAUUUAAUAAAACUGAAAAGGGUAAGAAGAUGCCACAGUCUCCUUCCGAAAUAAAAAAUCAAGCAACCGAUUUUUUGAAAACCGAACGCAAUUCUAAAAACGGAAUUUAA